UCAAUCAAUCACAGCAAAUCCACUGAAUCAAACCAAACAUAAACAGGACUCCAAUUGUAAAAUGGCACUUACCGCAAAAGAAUUGAAUUCUCUCACGAAUAUAUUGGAAGAAACAGGACUUGGUCAACGUACAUUUGAAAAUGUUGCUGCUAGUUUUCAUCACUGUUUUAACAAGCAGGAUCAUUUUCGUGUUGGUUCAGCCUUAAUAGUUCUUUUACAACAAGAAGAUCUUCUGUCAAGUAGGGAACAGCGUCUUAUGUCAGUGUACCUUUUGUAUGAAAUGUAUAGAACUGAUCCAAUACAAGCUAAUCCUUUUGCAUCAGUAUUUGUACAUUUGCUGCAUCCACCUGAUGAAAUGAAGAGUGAAAAUGGAGAAUUUGUAAAGCGACCAUGGGCCUUACCACGCCUUUCAAACUCAGAAAAGCAUUUUCUAUCUCAAUUAAUAUCCAUGCCAACUAAAGAUCUCUUCAAGAAAACUCCUAACCAAAUUAUUCAAAUGGAUGUAUCAAACCUACAGUCUUUUGAUGUUAGUGGUCUACAAGUUGCUUUGGCUGAACGUCAUUCAGAAAUGUCCCAAACAAGUAAAAGUGGUAUUCCAGUUGUGUUACCAUUUCCUCAGAAAAGACCAAUGGAAAUAAUUGAUUCCGAUACUUUAAAAAGUACAAGAGAAGCUUUGCUGUGUGGGUCUGAUUCAGCUGUGCAAUCUUGUUUCAAGCCAGAAUGCAUCAGACUUGCUCCACCUCUUCAUGCUUUUGAUGAUGAGUUGGUGUGGAUGAAUCUCACAAAUUCUGCCGAACAGACAGUUGCUUGGGAUAUGUCAAUGUGCGUAAGCAAUACUGCUGGUGUUGAGGCAAAGCGCUUGAUGGCAAAAGCUUUCAAAUCAUCAUUAACUUUAGCUCAACAACAUCAACUGCUGCAGGACCUUGAAAAUGAUCCAAAAUCAGUUUAUCAUGUUGGUCUUACCCCUUCAAAGCUUCCUGAUUUGGUAGAGAAUAAUCCAACAAUUGCUUAUGAUGCUUUAGUACGACUCCAGCAAUCAAGCCAACUUAAUGAGUAUUAUAAUGUUCUUGUAAAUAUGGAGAUGUCUUUGCAUUCUAUGGAAGUAGUGAAUCGCUUAACCACUACUGUAACUAUGCCAGUUGACACUAUCCACAUGUAUAUAUCCAAUUGUAUCCGUACUUGUGAAGGUAUAAAAGAUAGGUAUCUGCAAAAUAGACUUGUCCGUUUAGUGUGUGUUUUCUUACAAUCAUUAAUUAGAGGCAAGACCAUUAAUGUUCAGGAGGUGGAAUGUUUGUGGAAUCAGACAGGAGUCCAUAAUGUAAACAUCUGUAAUGCUUUGCAUGAUUCUUUAAAUGCAACAGAUUGUAUAAAUGUAUACAAUAGAACAGCUUUGCUUGCUUUAGGUGAAAGCUUAAUUAAUGAAUACCAGGACUUAUUUAUCGAAGUGCAGGCAUUUUGUAUUGAAUUUAGCCACAUCAGAGAAGCAGCUGCUCUAUUCCGACUUCUUAAGCAGAUUGAUAAUUGUGAACAGAUCUCACCACAAGCUGCACCAGAAUCACAAACAGCUGUGAAAAGAUAAUGAAUCGAUGUAUUUAUUAACUGUGACUUCGUAUUGCUUAUUAUAAUUUAAUUGAAGUUUUAGGUAUAUAUGCAUAUCUUUUUUAAUAAAAUUUAUGCUUUAGUACAAGACUGCAAUAUUGUCUUUAACUUCUUAAGCAGAUUGAUAAUUGUGAACAGAUCUCACCACAAGCUGCACCAGAAUCACAAACAGCUGUGAAAAGAUAAUGAAUCGAUGUAUUUAUUAGCUGUGACUUCGUAUUGCUUAUUAUAAUUUAAUUGAAGUUUUAGGUAUAUAUGCAUAUCUUUUUUAAUAAAAUUUAUGCUUUAGUACAA